CGACUGCCUGCCCAAUCGCGGGACGUGACAUUGCGGGAGUUGAAGGUCUCCACCGGCGGCCGCCAGGAUGGUGGGGCCUCUGUGCCGAGUGACCGGCGGGAUGCGCGUUGCCGCCCGGCUCCUUCGCGCCAGAGGAGGCACGGGCGUGACCUUAGGGGUCCGGCGUGCAAGUGAAGGUGUACAUAUUGAGCCUCGCUACCGCCAGUUCCCAGAGCUGACACGGUCCCAGGUGAUAAAGGCUGAGCUGCUCAGUAGCUUUAUGUGGUUCUGGAUCCUGUGGCACUUCUGGCAUGAUCCUGAUGCUGUGCUGGGUCACUUUCCUUAUCCUGAUCCUUCAAAGUGGACAGAUGAAGAGCUGGGAAUCCCUCCUGACGAUGCAGAGUAGACAUGAAUAGUUUGCUCCAAAACUUCUGGGAGGAGAUCUACAGAAAUUAAUUCUUUACUUUACAUAGACUUGGAAUUCAAAUUGUAAAUAAAGCUAACAAGUCAGAUCAACA